AUGAGAAAACUUGAAAGCGACCAGUUGGCCACCUCUAUAUCUCUACCCACAACCAUUAACGCUGAAUGCUUCUGCGUAGCUCCUAUUGUGUUUGAAGAUGUAAUUGCUGUGCGUGAUUCUGUAUCUCUGGAGCAUCUGAAAGAGUUGAGCUCCAGGCGUAGGGUUAUUGAGCACUCCAUUAAUCAAACAAGCUUCAUAAUAGAAGCUAUUGCAAGAGAAAUGUCUGGUGGAUCCACUUCUCGUUCUGAGCAGUUUGAUCCAAACGAAGUUACUUGUAGUGAUCACUUCUACAUUUCUCAGCCAGAAUGCCUCAGACUGGAACAUUACCUGCCAUUAUUGGAAAAUUUCAUUUAUCAUGCUGAUAUCGUCAACAACAGUCCAAAGUUUUUUCAAAUUGAUACCCUUUUCCUUUAUGGAGCAGUACUCAGGGAGAGGGCCUUGGAGUUUCUGCCAGCAGACUUAGAGCAAUCAGCCUUCAUCUUCAGGGAAGCUGCCGGAGUCUUUCAUUAUCUAGCUCAUGAGGUUCUUCCCUCUUUACAUAGUGCAAUAUCUGCAGAAAAGCCACCAGAAGCUACCUCAUCUGUGACUUCUGCUAUUAGUCUCAUUUGUUUGGCUAAGGCCCAGGCUGUAUACAUAAGAAAGGCUGAGGAAAAAGGAAAUACAGGGUUUGGUGUUUUGGAAAAGCUGCACCAUGGCGUUGCAGACCUGCUCAGUGAGGCAGUUGGUACUUUAAAUUCUGGGAUUGGAGACUCCAAGGGUAUUUCAUCACGCUUUUUGGAAUUUAUAACAUCAUGCAAGGCUUUACAUGAGUUACGAAGUCAGACAUACUUUGCUGAAGGUUUAAAGAAUGAUGGCCAAGUUGGAAUUGCCAUUGGGGUUCUUCGUAAUGCAUUAAUCAAUAUGAAAUAGAAAAUACCAGUGGAGGAUUCAUGGAAAACUUUCUUUAGAAAAGAAAUUGAAAAUUCAGCAGAUACCCUCAGGAAGUUUGAACAUGAGAAUGAAUUUGUUUGGCAUGAGAAAAUUCCUUCUGGAGAUGAGUUGCCAUUGCUCCAGGGCCACAAAAUUGUGAAGAUAGAACCUUAUCGGCCCAAAAAAUGGGAGAGGGAACUUGCUUUUAAGAUAUGGUUAAAUGUGUAGAGAACUGCAAUCGAGCUUCUUGUUUUCCUCGCUUAUUUAAUGUGCAAAAGAGUUUUUUCUUU